AUGCCUGUGCAUUUAGAGCCCGCGCGUAAGCGCCGCGGGGAGCUGGCGUCGCCAAACGUGUCACUCAGGUGUGGCAUCUUGGUCCGCACUCUAUCAGACGUCAGCGGGCUGACAUCAGGCCCCUGGCAACUGGCAUCCACCUUGGCAUCAGAUGCUGGCAUGGCACAGUCCCCCGUCCCAGAGGCAGAGCCAGCCAAAGCUGGACCUGACAAGCUGGCGGGCCAGGAGACAGAGGUGCAGGAGCACCAGGGGUCGUCUGUGCAGCAGCGACAGGAGCAGGUGAACGGGGAGCCUACGAGCCCCCUCACAGGGCCCAAACUCUCCCAGCUCCUCUGGGAGGUCCCCUUGUGCGUCUCCCUGCCCAUCGAGGUCCUCAGCCCAGACCAGGCCUUCCCUUUCCUGGACACCACCCUCGCCGGCCUGGGCAUUGAAGAGUCAGCGGUCAAGGAGCGGGUGGUAUGGGUGGACACCAAACGCACCCAGGUGAGAACCAAAUCGGGCAAGGUGAAGGAGAAGGAGAUCACGCUGCUGGAGGUUCGCGUGAAGGCCAAACAUCCCGGGGACAACCAGAGCCAGGAGGUCCUCUACAGCACCGAGUCCCACACGGACCGCUCCUUCACCCGCAGCGGAGUGGACAUCACACCCUGGAGACACACUGACAAAGACAACGGGCCAGCGCCAGAGGAAGAAUAUGAGACAGUGGAGAGGACUCUGCCCCUGGGCAUCGACGCCCUCUCCCAGGAAAAGACAGAGGCCAUGGAGGCUGGGAUCCAGAAUGCCAAGCUGCCGGCAGAGGAGUGA